UCUGCCCGUGGCCUCAGCCCCAGGCGUGAGCGCGGAAGGGCGAACGCCCGCGCGGGGUCAGGGCAGGGACACCGGCUGGGGAGAGGCGCCCAGGGGCCCCAUGCACUACAAGCCCCAUGGUGCUUUGCCAGGCGGCGCUGUGCGACACGCAGCGCUCCGGGGCUCCUCUGCCCUUAUUCCGGGGAAAGCGCAACAGAGACCGGCAGGGGCGGCCGCCGGCCGGCGGCACGUAGGCACGGCGAGAACCAUGUGGGUGUUCGGCUACGGCUCCCUUAUCUGGAAGGUGGAUUUCCCCUACGAGGACAAGAUGGUCGGGUACAUCACGGGCUACAGCAGGAGGUUCUGGCAGGGGAGCACCGACCACCGCGGGGUGCCGGGCAAGCCUGGAAGAGUUGUGACUCUUGUUGAAGAUCCUGAGGGUUGUGUAUGGGGUGUUGCUUACAGAUUGCCCACAGGACAAGAAGUUGAAGUAAAGGCAUACCUCGACUUCAGAGAGAAAGGAGGCUACAGGACUACAACUGUCAUUUUCUAUCCAAAAGAUCCCUCAAUAAAACCAUUUAAUGUAUUAUUAUAUAUUGGAACUCGUGAUAAUCCUAACUAUCUUGGUCCAGCACCCCUAGAAGACAUUGCUGAACAGAUUUUUAAUGCAGUUGGUCCUAGUGGAAGAAACACAGAAUACUUGUUUGAACUUGCCAAUUCCAUCAGGAAUCUUGUACCAGAAGAUGUGGAUGAGCAUCUCUUCUCUCUAGAGAAACUCGUAAAGGAACUCUUGGAAAGAAACCAAAACCUCAAUUGCAUAUAAAAAUAAUUUAAUAGUUUCAAAUGAGCUUUCCUUUCAUCUUCAGAAUUACGGUUUCUUUGCAUAACGGGUAUAUGAUUUGGAGGCAUGUUUAUCUGUACUACAUUAUCUUAUUUAUUUUAAUGUUGCAUUCAAGACACUGUAGUUAAGGGUCACUAGAAGAUUCCAUUGUCAAACCAUAUUUUCAGGAGUUUAUAACAAUGGGAGGGGGCAGGAGUGUUUCAGGUUUGAAUUUGGUAUACAAGAUUUUAGCCAAAAAGCAUAUUUUUCUUUUUCAAAAUUUGAAGAAAAUCAACUUUGAUCCUUUAUUUUUUGUCUGCAGGAAUUUUUUUUUUUUAAAUGAUUUCAGGUUUAAGUUGUUCUGAAAAAAAAUAUAGUUAUCUUUAAACUACCUUUAGGACUAAGUCCUGCACUCAGACAAAAUUCCCAUUAAAGUGGUAGUUCUCUGAGUCAAGACUGCAGGAUUAGGUCCUUAAUGCAGCUAAAAGAUAAAUGUUCUAAGUAGCUACUGUACAUGUACAGCAAGUACAUGGCAAAACAUUUAUCAUAUAAAGGUUCAACUCCAUUAGAACUAAGCUAUUUCAUUGAAUCAAUCGUUUUAUCCUUGGUAUAUCACAGUUUGUCAUUAGACACAAUGGGCAAACAGUUGUAUUAUCAAAAAAAAUAUUCUUUCCCUUGAUGCAUUAGGUUAUUCAGGGUGUCAAACCCUUAGAAACAAAAAUAUGGUACACUGACACAAAUAAGUCAUACCGUAUCAGUGCCUCAUUACAAUAAUUUUAAAAUAAAAGAAAACAAAAAUAAACCUAAAUUGUUAAAGUAACUGAGGAUAUGACUUGAAUCCACAAUAUAGCAAGAAUGUUCUGAAACUCCCAUCUUUAAUCACUGUUUAUGGCUGCAGAAAUCCCAUUGAAAAUCAAGGGGAUUUUUCAAACUUUUGAGGGCAGAAUUUGGCCUAACUAUUGCAAUACAAAGGCAUAAGGAGUUUCGGUCCCAACUAUGACUGUUCUUGCUUCUCAGAGUUUAAGUUAUUUUCUUUAAUCCUUUAACAAAGCAUAUUUUUGUAUUUUAAUAAUAAAAGGUUCUCUUUGAAAUGUAUUGUAGUACCACAUCAUACAGCAAGAGUAUUUAUGCAUGUUCAAUAAUCACACGAAAAUGUCUUAUUUUCCAUCAGUAAUAGCACAAACAGUACAUGAUUUAUGUUUGUACACACAGGUAGUCUUUUCCUUUCAGUUUUAUAUUUGUAGUUGGC